AAAACAGCGCAGCUCUCCAGCCCGUCCCGCCCCGACUCGUGUCAUCAGCCUCGUUUUCCAUGUUGUGGGCGGCCUCCUGACAACGGGUAGCCUACUAUGGCUCCUCUCGGGGCCUCAUCUGACGGCCACCUCGCCCUGCUGUCCGAUGAUGGAGAGGUCGAGGCGCUUACGUGGAUCUCAGAACCCAAAGUCACAUACAAACCCGAAUCCGAAUCGGAACCCAGCCUCGCCAGUCAUGAAUUGACAAAACGGUUACCGACCCUCGAGCGUCGGUCGAAGACCGCCACUCCUCUUUCGCAACGAGAUACCAUCAUCAAGCCACGCGGUCUCCACAAAGGAGGAAUUGCAGGAAUAGUUAUUGGCUGCGUUAUCCUUGGAUGCUUCGCUCUCGUCUGCCUCUACCCUUUGAUCAUCCGCCGCAUCAAAUAUAUCCGCCAAAAACGCCAGUCUUCCACCACAACCCCCGACGCCGAAACCCGAAUCGAGACCACAGCCGUUUCCAGCACUGUCGAUACUUGGGACAAAACAGAAGCAACAGCUGGCCAUGGAUCGCCGGCUCGUCCUUGUUCGAGGGAACUUCCCUCGCAUGGGAACGACCCUGUGCCAUUCCCACCCAGCAGAGAAGCCACCGUAAACUCCCGCCAUACUAACCACGCAGCAGCCCAGAGCACCACGUCGAAUGAAGCUGCGGCCCCUGGACAUGUCCUGGAACGCAGUUCCAGCCUGGCAAGCGGGCGGCUUUCGGGUGCCUCGACCGGACAGGCGCCGAAAUGGAACACAGAGGGACCACCGCCGCUCUCCCCGGGCGGCAUCGAACUGGUGCCCACUCGCGCCGACGGUCUGCAGUACAGCGAGGCCAUGGGCGGCCAAAGUGCGAGCUACUACAGUCCCACCGAACGGUUCGAUCUCGGUAUCACCUCGACGCCCAUGACAGAAGAACCGGAUCAGACCCCGGCAACGGCGAAACGGUCUAGUUCACGCGCGAGUUCGUUGAAGAACAAUCUCAUGUCCCUUGUGCGGCGGAUGAGCAGCUCCAGAGAUGCCGCCCUGACGCCGACGCUGUCAUCGCCCACCACCGCCGAAGGGGUCGCCGCUGGUGGCGCGCCUGCUCCUCCAACGGCCUCCAGGUCUCUGGGAUCUCCCGCCUUUGCUGCACCAGAUGCCGGCGUCUUUGGCGGCCACAUCACGGAGUCGCCCGAGAUGCAGAUGGUGCCGUCUUUUCUGGAUUUCGGCGGCCCUUCAGGCCACGUGACCUCCGCCGUCCCGAGGACGACGGGUCCCCCUACCUCGACGGCAGAAGCCGCGCCCGAUGUCCAUGCCACGUACGACGAUAGCCAGUACACUCUGGCAAAGCACGGAGGCUGGUGGCCUCCCGUACUCCCCCCGAGCAACCCGCCUCCGGGAACGAUGAAUCCCAUGUCCCUGCAUGCGUCCAACGAGUCUGAGCAGUUCUACGGCCUCUAUUAUCAGGCGUAUUCGGAGGCCUCCUCACAGGCCUCCCCACAAGCCUCCCCACAGGCCUCCCCCCCCUCGUUCCCCUCACCUCCGUCACGACCUCCUGAACUCGCUUCCCCCAGCCAUUCGCUAGAUAUUCCUCCAUACUACAGCCCCCCUCCGCCGAUACCCGAGGAGGAAGCCUCCCCGCCCACCAUCGUCCAACAGGAACCAGGCUCGCAAGGCCCUGUCCCCGUUGCCACCUUCCCAAGCCCGGCGAACGGGAACUGGGGGCAUUGGAACAUGGUACAGGCUUCCGUUCACCAUGGCUACUCUGGCUAUUCUCAACCCACGCCCCAAACACACCGUCGCACCCCGUCAUCGGACGGUCACUGGACCGAAGCCUCGAACCACUCCACACCAAUGCCUAACCAGGGAUCUGCGCCAUCGGGCCUCGCGACGCCCAACACACAGUUGACAGAGGUCAGCCCGUCUCCAAACCUUUCGCCAUAUUAUACAGAUCCUCGCAACAGCCCCUCUCCGUACGGCUCACCGGGGGCCCCCGGGGCCCACGUUUGCGACCAAUGUGGCAGGGCGUUCGACCAAGUCCAUAAACUGAAUCACCAUCGACGCUACCAUGAUCGACCACAUAAGUGCAAGUAUCAAGGCUGCGACAAGCAGUUUGGCACCAAGACUCACUUGGAGCGACACGUCAACGACAAGCACAACAAGCUGCGCAAGUUCCACUGCCUGGAGCCUACUUGCCCGUACUCCAAGUUGGGAGGCAAGGCGUUUCCCCGCAAGGACAACUGGAGGCGACACAUGAUCAACCAGCAUGGGAUGAGCCCUACGGCUGAUCCCGAGCCCGAUCUUGCCGAUGAGGCUAUGUGGGGGGUUAGAUGAGGACACACACAUACAUAGUCCCCUGUAAGGAUCUAUAUAGACCUCACGGCAGAGAGGGGUACGGUUGCUGGCGGGAACCCUGCUCUCGUCCCCAGAUUCUUCCCA